GAGUAACAUGGACGCGGCCAUUAACAACAUGUUGAAGUCUCAAUAACAUAAGGCUAGUUUUGAGUGUCAUAUCUCCGCAUAUGGCUAUAAUUUAUGCUUUCUUGCAAUAAUAAGGAAAGAUUCAACUGGCACAAGAUCGCUGCUGGACGCGGAAACGGAAAACGUGAGACAUGUCUGCACUGGGAGGGCUACUGAAAGCUGGAGCGACCUUCUGUCGAUCUGCUGGGACUCUGCUCCACACAGCCAGGACCAUUUCUACUGGUACAUGCUGCCAGAUGAGGACGAAUUUCAUCCCUCAGCUGAAGAAGGUGGACAGGUGGACAGAGAAGAGGAGCAUGUAUGGAGUUUAUGAUAACGUAGGCAUCUUAGGGGACUUCAAAGCUCAUCCCAAAGACCUCAUUGUGGCUCCCUGCUGGCUGAAGGCUUUCAGGGGCAAUGAACUGCAGCGUCUAAUUAGGAAGAAGAAGAUGGUGGGAGACAGAAUGAUGACUCUGGACAGACACAACUUGGAGAAGAGGAUCCGCUUCCUCUACAGACGCUUCAACCGUGUUGGCAAACACCGCUAACAUUGAACAAACUGUACUGGCACAAACAUCUGAGCAGCCAGUGAGGACUGUUUUAGUCUAUCUGUGUGAUUACAUGCUGUCGAAAUGCUGUAUAUUGCCAUUUUUUCCAAGUUAUUGUAUUCAUAAAAAGAGAGUGUGUGUUUCAGAGAUUCACACUUCCUGUACUUCCAUUUAAUGAUUAACAUGAUAUAAAAGCCUGAAAAUACAUUAUGAAAAAGGACUGGAAAAGAAGCCUUGUUUUAUUCUCUCUAACCAACAUAAACUCCUUUGGCUCCCAGACAGUGACAAGCAGGUUAUCUUUGCUCUGUAGUUGUGGACAAAUGCUAUGACUAUUUUUCCCCUGUAUCACAGAAUGGAGAAUAAGCUCCCAUAGAGUUCAAAGGUCUGCAGUGGAGAUCAUAAUGAAAGAAACCAUUGAAAGAAUAA